AGAGACAUUAUAUAUAUGGGAUGCAAUUUCAUCUAUAGUACAGGCAGACUUCACUCAAUAUGGUCUUGUGUCUUGUAGUGUAGUAUCAUCUUUCGUUACAGCAUCAUUCCAGAUCAUAUUGCAUUUGGAUAUGAUAGUAUGUUUCUCGAAGGAUACAGUAUUCAAAAUCCUCUGGAUGAAGAUUUGUUUAAAGGUUUGGAUUAACAGGAUAUCCCUCUCUGGAUAUAUUGAUGUUCUGGAUUAUGCUCUUUGAAACAAGGGAUUCUUUGAGACUCUACACCAAACAGGACUCCUUUCUAUGUCUCCCUCUCUUUGCUUUGUCUCGAACUGUGUUCAGUCAAAACAUUUUUACCCUCGAAACGUUAUUUCAAACCAAGUUGUGUUCAAGCAUUUUUGUCUUAAAUAAAAAACGCAUACUUUCGUCUUUCAAAACGCAUACACAGAAUGCUGAAAUGUAUGUAGAUGUAUAAUAAGGAGCUUUUCUUUUUCUACUUUUGUAGAGGAUUAAAAAUCCAUGUGGAUUAUUCUUUGCAGCAGUUGCAGAGGGCCCAGUCUCAAUUGUCUAAAGAAUUAGCUUUAAUAUAUGAUUGGAAACAGAAGAGAUCUUAGUUAUAAUUUUACAUUGGCCUUCAUCCAGUGGCUUGCAUGUACAUGUGCUUCUUGGGUCAAACUCACUGAUUUGUGAUGUGUUGUGGGUGGGCUUGAAAAAAGGGGAGAACAAUGAUGUUCCCUAAAUAAAAAAAUAGGGCCUUCCAUCCUGAAGUUACUUUUUGUGUUGUCUGUGUUUUGAUUUCUGAUUCAUGUUCGUGCUUCUAGCUUUGAAAUCUUGACUGAACACACUUAAAGAAUUCAGAAUGUGUGUUGUUGAAGAGAUCUCCUACAGUUGCAGAUGAAUCAGUAGCAGUGUUGUGUCUGUCAGCGUUCAUUUUCACAAGGCCCUUAUUCGCCCAGCAAGGACAUUUUAAAUGUGACACACUGAAACCUGAAGCGACUCAUUCGUAAAUGAGGACUUAACAUUCGAGAAACAUGCAGUGAUGCUCUAUUGAACCGUGUAUGGAAGCCGAAACCGUAGCCUCCGGGGAAACCGUGAGGAACAUCUGGAUAUUUUAUUUUUGGUUUUGAUUAUUUAAGUGAGCCAUGUCUGCUCUCCUAAUCAAGGUGUUUCUGUGGCAGAAAUUGACUCGGACCCUCUUCAUUGCUGAGCACAUUCACACGGCUACACGAUUCUUUCGCACCUCCUCUCACUAAAGUGCACUACCCCUUCCAAAAUUGGAUCUUGUAUGGAAGUCAGCAUCUCAGGGUGUGAAGGGAAUGAACGACAAUGUCAGUGAGAACAGGGAGCACUUAAUUUCAAAUGUUGGCUGUUAUGUGCCCAUCUAAUCAAAUGAGCCAGCAGAAUGUGCUUGUAUUAACAUUACACUCAGUACAUGUACUUAUGUUCCCUGCCCCUGCAUUUAAAAUUUUCCCCUUUGUGUUGAAAGCUGUUCCAGUUUGAACAGUCUUUCAAGAAAUCACUAAAGGAGAAUUCUGAGCAGUUGUAUACACGGCUUUAUGUGGUACAAUUGGUGUGAUAUCAUCUUUCCUUGCAGAAUCUUUCAUUGGAUUUUCUGAACAUUGAUUUCAAUCUCAGGUUAUUUGUCCAUCCUACAUUUUGUCUCAAGUUUGAUCUCUCUGCUCUCAGUUAUUGUUGGAAUGAUGGUAGUGUUUUCUUUCUCCAGUGAGUUUUGGCCCUUAAUUUUAGCUUGAUAUUCCUGAAUCCAAUUGAAUAAUUUGCUGCUACUUCAGCGUACCAUGAUGUCUUCUGACAUAGAAUAAACUGUACUGGUAUAACAUUUCACAUUGAAGAUCUUUUGAUAGCACCAAGUGUCUUCCAAGGAGCACAUUUUUUUACAAUGAAGCGAACCAAUUCAGUGAUCAUCAUAGAGUUCUCUGGCAAGACAAGCAGUCCGACCAACAAGAGUGUCCUCAUAGAGGAUGAAAUCGUCAAGAUGGGCUCCCCGCCGCAGAUGUACGACUCCUUUGUCACAUCCUUCACCUUCGAUUGCCAGACCCAAUGGAGGGAAUCGCUUGUUGUCAUCCAGCAGCUGUACAAGACAAAGGCGCUGUGCGACUUCACUCUCCGUUGCGGCACCUCAUCAUUCCUCUGCCAUCGCCUGGUGUUGGCAGCCUGCAGCCCGUACUUCCGUGCCAUGUUCAUGUCAGAGAUGAUCGAGAGCCGACAGGACAGUCUGGAGGUGCAAGACAUCGAUGAGAAGUCUUUGGAGGCCAUUGUCGAGUUCAUGUACACUUCAAAGAUUGUCCUCAAUGUGGACAACGUCCAGAAGAUCCUCUUUGCAGGAUCACUCCUACAGAUGGAUGAGAUCAGCAAAGCAUGCAGUGACUUUAUGAAAUGCCAUCUCCACCCCUCUAACUGUCUUGGGGUGAGGACAUUUGCCGACCAACAUGGUUGCACUACUCUUUCAGGUGCAGCGGACUCCUACGCCCAUGAACAUUUCCUGGAGGUGGUGAGCCAGGAAGAGUUCUUCAGCAUCGAUGCACCCCAUCUCAUCGCCUUGAUCUCAUCACAUGACAUUAUGAUUCAACAUGAAAGUCAAGUCUAUGAGGCUAUCAUAAAGUGGGUGAAGUUUGAUGUUCCAAACAGAGAAAGACAUCUUGCUGCACUUUUGUCAAAGGUGCGUCUUCCCAUGGUGCCUGCCAACUACCUGACAGAGGAGGUGGAGCGAGAAGAACUGAUCAAGAAGUGCCACAAGUGCAGGGAUCUUGUGGAUGAAGCCAAGAACUACCACCUGUCUGUUGGUAAACUCCUUCGGGACACGCCCACAUCCAGUCUAGUCAAAGACCCAAACAGGCUUACACCAAGGAAGAGCUCUGCAGGAGUUCUUUUUGUCGUGGGCGGACGUGGAGCGACGGGCGACCCCUUCAAAUCCAACGAGUGCUAUGAUCUGCGAAACAAUCGUUGGAUUCCCGUCACGGAGAUGAGCAUGAAACGAAGGCACGUCGGGGUCACAGCGACUGACGCUGGUCACAUCUUUGCUGUUGGUGGAUUUGACGGAAGGGACCAUCUCAACACUGCAGAGAAGUUUGAUCCUCAUACAAACAAAUGGACAAAUCUAGCACCCAUGGCUAAAGCAAGGAGAGGCCUUGGUGUAACACAGUUGGGCACUCCCAUCUACGCCAUCGGAGGACUGGACGAUAACCUGUGCUACAGUGACGUGGAGCGAUACGACCCUCAGACAAACUCCUGGAGUCUUGCUCAAUCUAUGAACUGUGCCCGAGGUGGUGUGGCGGUGGCUGUUCUCAAUGGUCUGAUCUAUGCUGUUGGAGGCAAUGAUGGAUCAUCCACGUUGAAUUCUUGUGAGCGUUAUGACCCUCAUCUUAACAAGUGGACGAUUAUAACACCUAUGAAUACCAGGAGAGCUGGGGGAGGAGCAGCAGUCAUCGAUGGUUUCCUCUAUGCUAUUGGUGGUUUUGACCACAGCUCACCCCUCAACACAGUGGAACGCUACGACCCCCAGAAGAACGACUGGAUCAGCAUGACCCCCAUGUCCACCAGUAGGGGCGGGGUAGGUGUGUCCGUUCUUGGGGGCAAGAUUUUUGCCAUCGGGGGACACAACGGGUCCAAUUAUCUCACAUCGGUGGAAUGCUACGAUCCUAUAACGAACAGUUGGUCAGCCGUCCAGGACAUUGGGACGUGCAGGGCGGGAGCGGGAGUUGCCAUCUGCCAUUGCCUUAUUUCAUCCCUCAAGGAGAUUCCUCGACCGAACAUGGUGAGCUGUGUAUGACGGAGGCAGGAACCCCGAGUGGCAGUUUCCACAAGAGGAGAGCGUUUAAACUCUUAAACAUUAUGAAAGAUGUCUAGGACAAUGGCAGAGUAGCAAUCUUGUCAGUGUUUCUGUAACUUUCACUUGCACCUUGAGUUUUAGGAUGUAUUGACUGAGGAGAAGUUCUCUGAUAGCUCUAAAGUUGAUUUGAAUGACAUCUGAUGCAGCUUUAUAUACUACUUGAAUAAUGAACUUUUAGAGUUAUAUCUGCAUGAAAAGAAUAUGGUGUGUUUUGUGGUCUAUAUAUAGCAUUGUCUAUCUAGAAGUAUUCUAUUGUGAGGCACACAAUUAUUGGCAUAAGCCAUGUUCAAGCUAUCACUUCUAGUGCAGUCAAGUAAGGACUGCUGCCCGGUACACACAUCUCAACUGGGUUUACGGCAAAGCAUCGUGGAUUGACUUCUUGCAAAGGUAAUAAAUGCUGUGACAGGGUGUUGAACCCACGACCCCCUGAUUUGAAGGUCAAGAGUCCGAACCAUCAGAUCAGAUCCCUUCCAGGUGACUUAGGGGAGUCACACGAUGAUGAUGUCUUCGACCUGGCUUGUUCUCUGGUGCAGGAUGUGGUGAUUCCUAGUUUGUCUUGAAGACAUUAUACCACUGAGGAACAACAAGAACAUGAACUUCUAUUGCCUACGGCAAUCAGUAGUGUAGUCAUGGAUUGCACCAUGAAAAUCAAAUAGAUAACUAGAAUCCAUAAGGAGUGUGUGCUCACUGUGACAGAUAGAUCAUAGAUCCAAAGGUCUCCAUUGAAAACAUGUGGCUUAGUACCACGAUGACUGUUGUUAAAUUGACUUGAAAGAUGGUGGAUGGAUGCAUGUAUAACAGUUAUGUCGUUUCUCUGCAACAAAAAAAACAUCUGUUCAUGUAGAAUUGUAGAUAUGUCCAAUUAAUCAUUGAUUAAGAAAAAAAUGUUAUUAUGGACUUGACUAGAUACACUGUACUAUGAUAUUCAAGAUAUUAGAGUGUGAGGGGAAAAUAUUUCUAAAAUAAGAAAUCAUUGCAGCUCCUGUCUGCAUUCUGCGUUCAUUCCUAAGUGUCUUCAUACAUGUAUCUUUUCAUACUUUUCUAUUUAACUUUCUUCCAUUCUUCAAUGUGUAAUAUCUCAGCAUGUUACUGAAUUGAACAUAAAAUGUGUGGUGUCUUUGAUGAAAAUAAUAAUAUAUGCAUUAAAAUAAUAUGCCCAAAGCACUGUAUAAUACAAAAUAAAGUUCUGCUCAAGUGCUUAAAAGUUUAAAAAAGGAUAUUAGACAGAAAAUAAGUAGGUUUCGAUUUUUUUGUGUUAUUUUACCAAAUGACAUGAACAGAUGCUGCUGCUGCUGCGAAGACUAUUUCAAACAAUGACAGGUGAAGCUUCUGCAUUGUUGACCUUUCGAGUGUAUUUUGGGAAUCUGUGUAUGAAGAGUCUGUUGUAGAAUGUAAUGAAUAAUGAAAAUGA